AUGGCAUCGUUGCAGAGACAAGAUCAGGCUAACCUGCCUUGCCCCGCUUGGGUAUGGUCCAACAAUCACAACGUUCACGUCGCCAAAGACCGUUCUUGGUUCGGCGACGAUUAUGUUUCUAUCGAUUCUGCUAUCAACAACGGCGCGACUCAAGUUGUCGGCAUAGGCACGGUCGAGCUUCCCACAGAGACAUUCCCUCAUGGAAACAAUCCAGGCUCCCAUGGCAUCCUCCGUCUGAAGAAUGUACUGCACGCCCCAGACAUUUUUUUGCAACAUCAUCGGAUCGCCGCUGAGGGAAAGCACUUGACUAUGUUUACAGUUAUAUAUUGUACAAAGUUCCACUGA